AAAAGAACAAUAUAAGAAAAGAAGAAAACAAUGCGAGCAUUUCUCAACACUGUAAAACUCGACCCCCUCCGUCUUUUCUUCUCCCCAAGCCUCCUCAACAGACGCAAAACAAACUUCGUCUCUCUUCCAAGCUUUUCCUACCCAAGUAAAACCCUAACUCGAAUUCAAACUCCUGGGGUUUUUUAUUGUAAGGAAAUGGCGACAGUGUCAUCAGAGGCAGCAGCAAGAGCAGUGAUUGAAGUGAAAGACAAGAUUGAACUGAAUGAGGUUGAAAAGCAGAUUUUUGACCGCUUAGUCAACACUCUUCGCCAUUUCAAUCUCAAUACUGAGCUCCGUGUAGCUGGGGGUUGGGUUCGUGAUAAGCUUCUAGGCAAAGAAUGUUGUGACAUCGACAUUGCUAUCGACAAUAUGUUGGGCAGCGAAUUUGUUGAUAAGGUUAGGGAAUACUUAUUAUCUACCGGGGAAGAGGCUCAUGGAGUUGGGGUUAUUCCACGCAAUCCUGACCAGUCUAAACACUUGGAAACUGCAAGGAUGCGUCUUCUUGAUUUAUGGAUUGAUUUUGUAAACUUAAGGAGUGAAGACUACAGUGAGAACAGCCGCAUUCCUACGAUGACAUUUGGCACAGCAAAAGAAGACGCAUAUAGAAGGGAUUUAACCAUCAACAGCUUGUUCUACAAUAUCAAUACCAGUUCUGUUGAAGACCUAACUGGAAGAGGCAUUGAAGAUCUAAAAUCUGGAAAAAUAGUAACUCCUUUACCUCCAAAAGAUACCUUUUUGGAUGACCCACUUCGAGUUCUGAGAGCUAUUCGGUUUGGUGCAAGGUUUGGAUUUGUACUUGAAGAAGAGCUUAAAGAAGCUGCUGCCUGUGAUGAUGUGAAAAACGCUCUCAAAGCAAAAAUCAGCAAAGAGCGUAUUGGAACUGAAAUUGAUCUCAUGAUCUCUGGCAAUCAACCUGUUAAAGCUAUGACCUAUAUUGCUGAUCUGACAUUAUUUUGGGUUGUCUUCAAUCUUCACCCAAAGGUUGAGCCAACAGUGUCAGAAGAAUGUCAGGGGCUCUGUGUUGCUUAUCUGGAUGCUGCGUGGAACCUUAUUCAUUUAAUUGGAGGUUCCUCCUUCACUGGUGAGCAAAGAAGGCUUUGUUUGUAUGCUGCUUUAUUUCUUCCAUUCAGAAACACCAUAUACAAGGAUGAAAAGGGUAAAAAGGUGCCUGUUGUCAACUAUAUAUUCAGAGACUCUCUGAAGCAAAAAGCCAGUGAUCCUGAAACAGUUAUCAAGAUACACAGGUCAUUAGAGAAAUUCUUGACCUUGAUUCCUUUGCUUAUAUCUAAUGACGAUACACAGCCUGCUGAAGUGGAUAUGGGCAUGGAACUUUUUGAUGUACCUAUAACAUCAAAACUCCGAGUAGCAACAGGAUUUCUAUUACGGGAAGUUAAGGAAUUUUGGCGAGUUGGUUUGUUGAUAUCAACAAUGUUAUAUCCUUCUGACACGGACUCUACUCAAGACUUUUUAGAAAAGAAAUUUGAACUUGACAGGAGAAAGGACUUAUUUAAAGCAGCUGAAGAUGCCAUUGUUAAUCUAGGUCUUGAAAAAGUGUGGGAUUUAAAGCCAUUGGUUAAUGGGAAGGAUAUCAUGACUGUUUUGCAGCUUAAAUCCGGAGGACCGGUUGUUAAGGAAUGGCAACAAAAACUGUUCGCAUGGCAGUUCGCUCAUCCUGCAGGGACAGUGGAGGAAUGCCUUGAUUGGAUGAAGGAAACACAUUUGAAGCGUGCAAAGAUGGAGUAACAUUCUUAGUAAAAUGUGACUCGCUCUACUUAGCGGAGGAAGUAACCUAGCAAACAGGCUUUUGUUCAACCUACCAAUCGUUUUUGAGGUCCCAUGAACAUCCACUAUUUCAAAACUAACGCAGGCAGAAAGAGCAGUCGAUGUGCAGGGUUUUAGCUUGAUAUUUCAUUAAUAGUUUUGUACAGAUCUUUAACUUAACGUGCAAGAUCCUGCAUUAGCUGCAAGUAUCUUGUGAUCUGCACUGACAUCCAAUUGGAGUGUAGUUGAUCAUAUAAGAAUCAAAGCUUUAGGAAGUGUUGGGCUA